GCGCGUGUAUAAUAUAUAUUUAUACACAUAUGUACGUAUGUCAUGUUCAGACGAGCUUCUUCCGACACAUCUGCGUAUCGCGGAAGGGAUAAAUUGGGCUGAUAAAGGAGCGAUUGCUUCCGGAUGGAUCAACACUAUGAGAAUAUCCAGUAAAAACGAAUUCGUAAGAAACAUGUCAAAGUUAAAAUUCGAACUCUGCGACGAUAUCGAUGCCGCGGAACUCGGCGAGAAUGACUAUAUCUUUGAUCCAGUUUGCCCAAAGAUGAUUAAUUUGCAUGAUAGAGCGCGAGAGAAACUCGCCGUGUCCGAUUUGGUUCGAGAUCAUCGAUUUGUCUUUUUGGAGAGAUCGUUGUGUCUUGGAGCGGCUGCGUUAGCGCAGGCGAUACGCGUAACGCGUCUCUGCGGCCCCGUGAUUCUCACGCACUCGAUCGCCCCUCGUCACACGGGGUAUUUGGCGGGUUUACUGGCCGACAUCGAGGAUGCCGGGAGACUUCUAGCUUUCGACGCUGGGAAUCGUCGUUGCGAGUACGAAGCCUACCUCACGACUUUAGGCGUCACUCUGCAGCAAUGUAGAAUUUUUUCAGAAAAAUAUACCUCGGCACCGUCGUCCGUCGAAUUGGAAAGAGCGACUGUCGUUCUAGCAACUCCUCCGUGCAGCUACACCGGCAUCCGAGACGUUGUUGACCUCGCUGUUGCUCGUGGUGGUGACACCAACUUGUUAGAAUCAUUAACCAGCGAUACAGCUGAUGGGAUCAAACAGUCCCGCGCUCUUCUGGCUGAGCAAUUUUCCACGCUUAAGUACGCGCUAACCAGGCCAAAUAUACAAUUUUUAAUAUACGAGGUUCAUACGAUCUUGCCGUCCGAAACUAUGGAAAUGAUUCGACAGGUUGUCGAAUAUGCCAAUCAAUUGGCAACGGAAAAGUACAUUCGCGAGCACCCCCCAAAGAGAAAGACUUUAUCCAAGGAGACUAGCGGAAAGUUUUCCAAGACGAUCAAAACUGGUACAAACUGUAAACAAGAACAAUCCCAGAAACAUUGGGAAGACCAGUCGCCGCACCAGACGCAACAUGAACAAAUGUUUUUGUACAAACAGGAGGACGAGGAAGAGAAUGACAAGUUGUUGGACGCGACUGAUGUUGUUAUUCCCAAUAGCGAUUUAUUCGAAAUGGGGACUCUCGAUGAAAUUUAUGGCGAGGAUAACGAAUGUAUGUUAGAUCCUGGUUGUUUCAUUGCCAUAAUCAAACGAAAGGAAAUGAUGCAAUUCGAUUCGCUUUUCAUGAUUAAAGUGGCAGAAUCAAAAGGGUUAUUUGGCGAUCCCGACAAAGAACGAAAUCCAAAGCAGAGGAUUCAAGUACUGCAGACAGCACGUCAAACAUCGAGGAUGAAAAGUUUUAAACGAGUCAAAAAAUAUGAUUUAUAUCGACUUGAUAAAGGGCCAUCUGAAAAGUCGAAUUUAAAUGUGAAAGAUGCUACGUACGCAUUGAAGACAAUGAACUGCAUACGUCGGAUGGAGAACAGAGCUGCAGAAUUGUACAGACAACGACUCAUCAAUGGCUUUUUACACUUAUAUGUUGGCCAGGAAGCUAUAGCCGUAGGUCUUAGAAUGGGUCUUGCUGAACGAGACACUGUUAUCACGGGAUAUAGAUGCCAUGCUUUCGCUCUCGUAUUUGAUAAUCCGGUUCGUUCGAUUCUCGCGGAAGUCAUGGGUCGCAAGACCGGUCCAGCCAAGGGUAAGGGUGGCUCGAUGCACAUGUACGGUCCGCGAUUGUACGGUGGUGAUGCUAUCGUCGGCGGACAGGUACCUGUCGGCACUGGUAUAGCUUUCGCCCAUAAAUACAACGGCACAGGUGCCGUGUCUUUCACACUAUACGGCGACGGUGCAGCGUCGCAAGGUCAAAUUUACGAAGCGUGGAAUAUGGCGAAACUCUGGAAUCUACCGGUGGUCUACAUCUGCGAAAAUAAUAGAUACGGUAUGGGCACGGCCGUGCAUCGACAUUCCGCCAACACUCGGCUUUAUACACGCGGGGACCUCAUACCAGGGAUAAAGGUCGAUGGGAUGAAAAUUGUGGACAUACGAGAAGCCGUGCGUUUUAGCAGAGAUUAUGCACUCAGAAACGGACCAAUUAUAAUAGAGAUGGUAACUUAUCGUUACUUUGGGCAUAGUAUGAGCGAUCCCGGUUAUUCGUAUCGUACUAGGCAAGAAAUUAAAACUGUGCAAACCGAGCAAGAUCCGAUUAUGUUAUUUAGCAAACUCAUCGUCGAGAAAGGUCUUAUGACCGAAGAAGACGUUAAGAAUAUACAGAAGUCAGUCUACAAACAAGUCGAUGAGGAAGCGGAGCAAGCCAAGACCGAUGAAUGGCCAGAAAUAUCGGAAAUUUCGACUGAUGUUUAUGUGAAACCAUUAGAGAAGAUUCGCGGUAAAGUUCCUUGGGAAUUAUACUGAAAGGCGAUGUAAAAUUGUGCAAUUUCCCACUUGAAUUAAUUAUUCUCUAUGUGAUCUUUUACACUCAUAAAAUUUAAAUUAUUUGCACUUGACAUUGUGUUUGUAAUAUAACAACAAUAAAGAUAUAUUAUAUACUCA